AAAACAUUUUGCAUUGUUUAGGUUCAACAUUUACGAACAAUAACCUAAUUCAUCCCAAUCCCUUGCACCGCGCUUCAUUGCUUUGAAGCUUCAGGUUAAACGAAAAUUGGUAUAUGCAUUUUGAGGUUAUGUAAAAGAGGAAUCUUGAAGACAAGAGAUUUGAGAGGGGUUAAAUACAAUUGAUAGAGGCUUUUGAGGUGAGUUCAGUGAGGUUUCCUAAAAGAUGAAUCUUGAAGGAAAAAACUUUGGGAGGGGAAGUAGGGAACUUGGCGGUGGUCACGAUCUCGUAAGCCAAUAUAAGCUUUGGCCGUUCUACAAACAAUUCUGCAAGAGGUCGCUUCCAUUGUCGGAGACACGUUAUCUUCGCAACGUGGUGGGCGACACUAAAAUCAAGAAGGGAGAAGGAAUGGAACUUGAUCAGCUGUGUAAAAACACCUAUACAAAUGAGAAAAAACCUUGCUUUUCUCCGUUUGACUUGAAUGUACUAAGCAAAGCUUUCCGUCUGAAAGAAACGGAUCCAAGUCACAUUUCUUCUGUCAAGAAGGUGCUACCAAACGCAGUGAUGAACCCGGCACACGAAUCUAGAGAGACCGAAAGAAAGAACAAAAAGGACAAGAAAUAUAGGAAGCACAAACUAGUUCAAAUUAAAAAUGGAAGUUGUGUUGCUAAUAACACAACUAUACACACUGAUUCUCAUCCCUCACAAUUGAAGAAUCAACAAGACAAGAAAAGAAGGGCUGAGGCAAGCUACGACCCUUCUACUAGCAAGCGAUUAAAUACUAGACAAUGAAGCAGAAUCAGAAUUUAGAUAUUAAUGUAUAAUCAUUUUAGAAGCCGACACUAAACUUUAUUUUUGGUAAAGUUAACAUUUAUGAUUCUUUUUAAUCAAAUGAUAGUAGGUUUAUGAUAUAACUAAAUGUAAAGUUAGACUAAUUGAAAUUUCAUCUAUUUAAAAAUGUUUUAAAGCGAUGACCCUGGGUUUGAACCCACAAUAUGGUUCUUAUUUGUA